UGAUCAGAUCUCAUAAUAGUACAUGAGGACUUAUGUAAUAAGCUACCCAACCUUCAGUUGGUUUUAAUAUAGUUUGCAGAUUCUCGCUGUCAAAACGGCUGAUCCCACCCUAGUCCAAACCUUAGAUUUGCCACUGGUUCUACAUUAAAUGGUUCAGCGUUAAGAAUUCAAUAAAGAUUUUAUGUUUGACUGUUUUCUGUAUUUUGCUUGUGAUAAAAAACAACAACUUUGAAAUGUAGACUGUAAGACAUUUCAGAGUAUUAAGACAAUAAGUUAUAGUAAUUCACUGCAUCCUAAUUUUGAGCUUUAUUGUAAGUUAUUGUAAUAAUUUUGCAACCCGGUACUUUCACUCUAAGAAAAAAAAUUACAGCAAAAUGCUGCAAUGUAAAGAACUUAGUUCCAUCUGUUAAUGCCCUAAUUUAAUUUCUAUAUAUUUUGCUACAUAAAAUUAUGUUUAAAUAAUCAUUAGAAUUACACAUAUUGAUAAAUAUAUUUUAAAGAUGCAACUAAUAAAAUGUGUUUAUUUAAAAGACUGCAAAUUUACAGUGUCAUUGGUAUGUUAGAAAUCGACAAGCCAAUUAGAAAAAUCCUCCUUGUUCCACAGCUCCACUCACAGUGUCUUGCAUACAUGACAAAACAUUUGUCCCAAUGUUGAUUCAAAGUCCAUAAGAUCCCCGAGAUACAUAUAGCCCAAGUCUCUCAGAUACUAGAAACUAGGUACAGCUGAUAUAUUUAGAUCACAUUUCAUAGAACUGCACCAUAAGAAUCACAGCUGAUUUUUAAAAAUCUGAAAUGGUUGCUGAUUUUAUUACGAUAUAAUGCAUUUCAAGUGUUUCAUGAUUUGGCUCAAACUUUACUCAGAAAACAGACUUGGUCGACUGCAGUUUUAUAUUUUUUAAUGUAAAGUAAGAGUCAUCGUACUGGGAAGAUGUAAGUAACCUGGGAGGGAGGUGGAAAAUACCCAAACCAUGUUUACUGUAGUGCUGGACCUAAGUAGUUCCUUGUAUUUUAACCACGUCAUUUCUGCUGUAUUGCACCUGUAUCCCACCACAAUUAAAGUUCGGUUACUUGUCCCUUUUAUAUGUUUUGUUCAUAAUACAAAAUCUAUUUUAAAAACAUAAGUUAUUGGGCUUUGGAUAGGCUGUUUAAUCGCUCAAGUACAAUUAUUUUUUAAAUAAAAAGUCUCUUUUACAUCCUGCAUAUGAGCUUUGAUCAUGUUUUCUAUGAUAAUAAAUCAGCUACCACCAAAACAACAAUAAAAUUGCGAAUGAUCCUCCCCGGCCUCCGUCGUGUCUCCAACCAGCGCUAUCCUUGCCGUCACUUUCUUGACUUCCCAUCCCACUCCUGCGUAGCUCUGAUCCCGGCUUUCUGCUUCUCUCUACUCCUCGGUCUUUUCUGGAUACCAUGUCGGAGUACAACGCGGUACCUCCGCCCGUCCCCGGGGCUGCUCUACCCGGACAGGCGGCUGUGGGGAACGGAGCGGGGGGCGCCAAGAAGGAUGCGUUUGCGGACGCGGUGCAGCGGGCCCGGCAGAUCGCAGCUAAGAUUGGGGGCGACGCUGGUCCUCCUGUGAGCAACAGCACUGCUUCGGAUAGUUUUCCCUUCACUGCACAGAAACGACAGCUGGAGGAUACAAAUACUGAUGAGCCAGAGACUAAGAAGCUGGCUGCUCAGAGUGACUUGGAGUCAGCCAAAGCGCUGUCUAUUGGUGCACAGCUAGCUGCUCUUGCACAGCAAAGACCCACCUCCACCACAGAGGACUACAGUGUUCCAGACAGUAUGGUGGGACUCAUUAUUGGCCGUGGAGGUGAACAGAUCAAUAAGAUUCAGCAGGAGUCGGGUUGCAAGGUUCAGAUAGCUCCAGACAGUGGAGGUCUUCCAGAGAGAAACGUCUCCCUCACAGGGACACAAGACUCCAUACAGAAAGCCAAGAGGCUGCUGAAUGAGAUAGUCUCCCGAGGAAGAGGUACUCCCCCUCUUUCUUCUUAUCAUGACUCCAGCAACGGGCAGAACGGCGCAGUUCAUGAGAUGAUGAUCCCAGCCGGCAAGGCCGGCCUAGUCAUCGGCAAGGGAGGAGAGACCAUCAAACAGCUACAGGAGCGUGCAGGAGUCAAGAUGAUCCUAAUCCAGGACGCCUCUCAGGGACCCAACGUUGACAAGCCUCUGCGCAUUAUUGGAGAUCCAUACAAAGUCCAGCAAGCCCAGGAGAUGGUGCAGGAGAUUCUGAGGGACAGAGACCAAGGCGGCUACAGCGAAAGAAGCGAAUUCAGCUCCCGGAUGGGAGGCGGCAUGGAUAUCCCAGUACCACGACACUCGGUGGGUGUGGUCAUCGGACGCAAUGGAGAGAUGAUCAAGAAAAUUCAGAAUGAUGCCGGAGUCAGGAUACAGUUCAAACAAGAUGACGGGACCGGUCCAGAUAAGAUCGCACACAUCAGCGGUCCGCCUGAACGCUGCGAGCACGCGGCUCAAAUCAUCAACGACCUGCUGCAGAGCAUCCGGGUCAGAGAGGAGGGACAGGGGGGUCCCCCAGGUCCUCCAGGAAUGCCUUCAGGCAAUAGGGGGCGAGGUGGGGGACAAGGCGGUUGGGGUCCCCCCGGAGGGGAAAUGACCUUCUCUAUUCCCGCCCAAAAGUGCGGACUCGUGAUUGGCAGAGGAGGAGAGAACGUCAAGUCCAUCAACCAGCAGACGGGGGCAUUCGUGGAAAUCUCUCGACAGCCGCCCCCCAACGGAGACCCCAACUUUAAGCUCUUUAUCAUUCGCGGGUCCCCGCAGCAGAUCGACCACGCCAAGCAGCUCAUUGAGGAGAAGAUCGAGGGUCCGCUGUGUCCUGUGGGCCCGGGGACAGGUGGGCCAGGUCCCGCUGGGCCAAUGGUUCCUUACAACCCCAACCCCUACAACCCCGGACCGCCUGGGGCUCCUGGACCUCCACAUGGUGGUCCUCCAGGUCCUCCCCAGUACAGCUCGCAGGGCUGGAGCAACACCUACCAGCAGUGGCAGCCCCAACCACCGCAUGACCCCAGCAAGGCAGCAGCCAAUGACCCCAACGCAGCCUGGGCGGCCUACUACGCUCAGUACUACCAGCAGCCGUCGGGGGCUGCGCCAGCCCCGUACCCCGCAAACCAGGCUGGAGGUGCCCAAGCUGCAGGUGACCAGACCCAGGCUGCACAGACACCAGGGGGCCAGCCGGACUACACCAAGGCCUGGGAGGAGUACUACAAGAAGAUGGCCCAGGCAGGCGGCUCUGUACCCGGUACAGCAGCUGCAGCUCCAGGAGCAGCAGCAGCAGCAGCAGCAGGAGGAGGAGGAGGAGGUGGAGGUGGUUCAGCAUCCACAACAGGAGGCCAGCCGGACUACAGCGCAGCUUGGGCGGAGUACUACAGGCAGCAGGCUGCGUACUACGGACAAACAGGACAGCAGCCCCCUGGGCAGCCGGCCAAUCCCCAGCAGGGACAGAUGCAGUGAGAGUUUGCGGCAGAAGACGGGAUAAAGAAGAGGGCUCUGAAGUCUUAGGCCAGGAUCGAUCCCUUUAUUCAUAUAUAUUGUAUCCGUUGCAACUAGAAGUGAAACGCUUCCCCACAUGUGAACAUGAUCUGGAUCCUUUUUUUGAUAAUAAUGUGAACUGAACCCAAUGCUCCUGUGCUUCGCUGCUGACGGGAGGGAAAAGACUGAUUAAAUGCGAUCAUUUCACAGAGCUGCCUCAGCGUAGAUUUAAAUACUCACGGGAGCUCCGGAGCGCUUAUUUCAUUAACAGAGUUUUCAGCACAUCUCAGUCAUCCUGUAGCCCCAUUUUAAAGUACUCACAUAUCCCAAUGUUGUAUUAACUGACUUGCACAGAGCUUUUAGGACUAUAAUCAUGUUAUGUGUGCGUGUGCGUGUGUGUGUGUGUGUGUGUGUGUGUGUGUGUGUAUGACACAGGAAGAGACAGACCUCAUUUGAUUUUCUCAUAUUGGUUUUUUCCUUCCUCUGCAGAGGCGUGCAGGGUGUUUCAGCGCGUGUAUAUCUGGGCGACUGUGCGCAGGUUAGAUUUAUGCAGUCAGAUUGUGAAAAGAAGCCCCGAGCUGCAAGGUUCAGAAGCACGAAUGUGAAUAAUGUAUUAAUUGUGUCUGUUCACUUCAAAUCGCACCGCUCAACACCUUUUUGCCUCUUGAAACGUCCCAUCUCGUUAACUGUUUGUUCCACCUGACAGCUUUAGUUUUGGGUUAGUAAAAAAGGCCGGCUUACUGUGGACUAAUGGCUAAACUGGAAAGAUGGGGUUGGGUGGGGGAUAGCUUUUCAGAUUUGGCCAGCUUUCUAUGAUUCAAUCAUCGUUAUUUCUUAUCAUCUGGAAAGUUCAGAAGGGCUUUCACCGCACCUCAGAAUGGCGGCAUAUGGAGACUUUAAAGUGUAGUUAUAUUCUUGUGUAGAUUGUACUGCUGAGUUCUCCUACAACAAUUUAUCCCUCAGUUCAUCGCCGUUUGUGCAGACUCCAGACUCCAGGUUGCAUGUUGUCUUCCUUUAUUUUGUAAAGCUUUUUUACAAAUGCUACUUUUUUUUUUUUUUUUAAUUGUCCUUCCACGGUCAUUGUUUGUGUGCAAAAGUUUGAACUUUAGUCUUCCAAGUGUGUCCUGCUUUAACAUAUAUUGUAUAUACACAAACUGUAUAUUCAGCAAUAUAAAGCUGCUGGUUUUCACUUCCAGAGACGUAUCAGGUAUGAUUCUUGUAUUCUGAAUGGCAGCUGCGAGUCUUGCCUUUGGGUUGAUAUUGUGUUGAGAUUGUUAUAAACAGACGACCACCAGCAGCACUGAUCUGAAAUAAAUAUAUCAGCUACUUUGAAAUCUUGAA